AUGACGUCCCUACAUUACCGAAGCGCAUCUGCAACUGACCGCCGAAGCGCCAGUCUAUUGAACGGCCCCUCGCGCGUUAAUCCCUCCAGAGCCAGAGACGACCGACCAUUUACCCGCGAUAAUGGCUCCCCGGUGCUUCCAGAUGGCUUCAGUGGACAUGCUGAAGGAGUGCACAAGCCUUCAAAAAGUGAGAGUCGAGUGACUGGUCUCGAACAGAGACGGCGGGAGAAGACGACAGUCACAACAACCGAGACCUUUUAUACGAGAAGGAGUCCGAAGAAAGACACGUCGAAUAUCGAAAGUCGGAAGGACAAACGGACGGUAGCAAGCCCUGUGCUCAAGCAGCAACCGCCAAAUGAGGAGAAUUCACCACCUUUGUCCCGCAACGCUCCCUCAGAUCUGGACCCCGUUCCUCUCGAGGCUAUGUCGAUGCAGGAGCAAGAGCGUGCAUUAUUGGACGAUUUGCUCUAUGUGUUUAUGGGAUUUGAGGGGCAAUAUGUUCGUUUCCACCACAACUACGAUCCUGCGGAGGAGAAAGACCGCUUGAACGGGCCAUCAUUUCAUCCACUUCCCGGUCUCGAUCCCAGCCUGCGAGACUUGACAAGCUCCAUGCUCUCGAUGGCCACUCAUCACUGCGCGAUCGAGGCCUUUAUCGAAGUCCAGAGUAGGGAAGAAUUUGGCUCCGUCAACCACGCACUUUGUGCGGCCAUCCGAAAGCUGCUGAAAGACUAUCUCAUCUUGAUUGCACAGCUAGAAAUGAAGGUCCUUACUGACCCGAAGUUCACAUUACACCAAAUGCACAUUGCAGUAAUCCCAACCGCACAAUGUUUAGCCCAGCUGUACUCUCUUGCCCAAGAAUUGUUGAAAAAGAACUCUUUGUUGGAAGAGGACAUCGACGACUCGCUUCACGAUUUCGACGCCGACAACAUCAUUGAGCGCCUGAAGGAAGGUGGUGAUCUACUUCCGGGAAGCUUUGGCAAGAAACGAUGUAUAGGCGGUAAUGUUCUGGGUCUCUUGACAACGCGGCUUUCCACGUUCUCUGGAGACCCGGCUGCUCGAUCCAUUCUGGAGAUGCUGCUACGUGAAGCAAGCAGACCUUACAUGGAGAUGCUCAAUGAGUGGUUGCAUCACGGCGGCAUCCACGAUCCGCACUCGGAAUUCUUGAUCGGCGAAAGGGCUAGCAUUAAACGAGAACGUCUCGACGAAGACUACACAGAUGAGUACUGGGAAAAGCGUUAUUACAUUCGCGAAAAGGAAAUUCCACCGCAGCUAGAAUCCGUUCGAGAUAAGGUCCUUCUCGCCGGAAAGUAUCUCAAUGUGGUCCGGGAGUGUGGCGGUGUCAACAUCAGCAGCAAGAUCGACGACAUCCCGGCAACAUUCGACGACCCGCGAUUUCUCGACAAUGUUAACAACGCCUAUUCGUUUGCGAACAAGGAGCUGCUUCAAUUGCUUCUCACAAAGAACUCACUCCGUAGCCGGUUACGGUCGAUGAAACACUAUUUUUUCCUUGACCGUGCGGAAUUCUUUCUCUAUUUUCUCGAACUUAGCGAUUCAGAGCUUCGGAAGAAGAAUCGAGAUGUCAACGUUGGAAAACUCCAGUCUUUGCUAGACCUGGUCCUCCACCAGCCAGGCAGCAUCGCGGUAGCGGAUCCAUUCAAGGAGGAUGUGAAGGUGAAAAUGAACUCGGUUGGGUUGACACAGUGGUUGAUCAAGGUCGUCAAUGUGCAAGGCAUGGAUCAGGAUAAUCCAGAUUCCAUGAUGGACCCAUACAAGACGCCGGCCACCGCCCAGGCUUCUGCAAGUGAAAAGUUCAAGGAUGAGAAGAAAAAGGAGGAAGAGAAGGAUAUCAUCGGGUUUGAUGCACUAGAGCUUGACUACACAGUGCCGUUCCCCCUUUCUCUCAUCAUUAGUCGAAAAACUGUCUCACGAUAUCAACUCAUCUUUCGGUACACAUUGGCACUGCGUCACCUGGAAACCCAGCUGGUGGGUUGCUGGUCGACUCAUACGAAGGAAAAAGCAUGGAUCCACAAGUCCUCUGACAAGAGAUUUGAGUUGUGGAAGCGGCGGGUAUGGACGUUACGUUCUCGAAUGCUUGUGUUUGUUCAGCAAAUGCUCUUCUUUGCAACUGCGGAAGUGAUUGAACCGAACUGGCAGAAGCUCAUGGUGAAGGUUGAUGAUGCUGAACGUGAUGAUUUCGAAGAGACCAGAUCCGGACUCAAUCCGAAAACAAAGCCUACGGUGGAUGAAUUGAUGCAAGAUCAUGUCGACAUGCUGGACUCGUGCAUGAAGGAUCUUGGAUUGACGCAGGCGAGGCUGCUUCGUCUGCACGCAAAGCUCAUGACCGGCUGUGGGAUGUUCGCCUCAUACGUUGAGCAUGUCACCAAGUCAAUUUAUGAAGCGGAUACGAGCAUUCAAUCCAAACCGCUUAAGCCUGGAGCCGUUCCACCUCCGGCUGCGCCCACAGAUCCAGCACGAAUGAAGAGGAUAGAAGAAUCUAUCAGGAAGUACGAGGAGCACUUCAACAGACACUUGAAGAUCUUGAUUGAUGCCCUCAAUUGGUUUGCAACCACCGAGACUGUCUCUUUGCUCAGCCUCUGUGGAAGGCUGACGAAUGCUGAGGUGCAGAAACGUGAUGAUUUGUUUCUUUGA